AUGGCGGCCAACCACCACCUCCGCCGCCUCGCCUCCGCGUCCGCCCCUGCUCUCUCCCGCCUCUCCAAGCCCACUCCCUCGCCGCUCCUCCGCCCCGCGUUCUCCAGUUCCGCCUCUCCCGCGGGUCAGCCGGCGGCGGCGGCGGGGGCCGAUGCAGCCGAGAAGGGCGAGGCCCGGAGCGCCGUGAAGGAGGCGGGCGAGGCGCAGGGCGGCGAUGCUGGCGCGAGGAAGACGGGGGAGGAGGAGGAGGAUGACGGCGGCCUGGACAUAAACGAGGCCACGGGCGAGAUCGGCGGCCCGCACGGGCCGGAGCCCACCCGCUACGGCGACUGGGAGCGCGGCGGCCGCUGCUCCGACUUCUGA